AUGAAGCUGUCUGCUGCCACGGUCAUCGGCUUGGGCUGCUUCACUGGCCAGGUGCUGGCAAACCAGUGGCCGUAUGAGCGUUACUAUCCAAAGACAAACAAGCAAGGCGACCCUGUAGCCGAUAAGGCGCAGCCGGAGUUCGGCGAUCAGGACAGCGGCCCAGGUAAUCAGUUUGGCGAAUGGCUUGGACGUCUCGUCAACCAGGGAACUGUCGCUGGCCUGCAGGAGAUAUUCACAGACGGCAGUCUUCCCAAGCACCCGUCAUUCGACGAUAUCUGGGAGAAUAUCAAAACGCCAGAGGUUCCCCCCAACGCAACUCAUGCGACACGCCCACCCAGCUACAAGGCUACUUGGCCCCAGAAUGAAGCGGAAGCCCUUCUAGGUCAUCUACCAUGGCCUCUGGAUCAGCGAUGUACUGCGUCCAAGGAUCAGUGGUGGUAUCGCACAUAUGACGGCUCUUGCAACUGGCUGAAGAACGGCGAGAUGAACGAGGGCAUGUACGGUGUAGCCAAGUCGCGAGAUUACGGCCAGCACCAUUACGCAGAUGGCAUAUCCAUGCCUCGUGAGGGCCCCAACCCGCGAGCUGUGAGCAACGCCUUCUUCAAGCGCAAGGAGGUUUUGUACUAUGAACACACCCCAUUCCUCCUUGGACUUGUCGAGUUCAUCAUGCACGACAUCACGUGGUCUUCCGAUUCCCGAGAUGAGUACAUUGAUGUGCCCGUGCCCGAUGACGAGAAGGACUUCCCACUCAACACGACUUUCCGAGUCCAUCGCACCGAAGCUGCCCCCGAGACGGGCACUUCCAGAGAGAACCCGCGCGAGAACAUCAAUCGUGCCACCACAUGGCUCGAUCUCUCGUCGUUGUACGGCAGCACGCACGAGGUCGCUAUGAAGCUGCGCAGUUUCAAGGAUGGUAAGCUUCUCACACAAGAGGUCAAAGUCCAAGGCACGAAGAAGGCUGCCUCAUAUCUACCAUUCAAUAGCAUGGGCGUGCCAGUGCAGACCAGACCUGGAGUCGGCCCAGAGGCCCUCUUCGCAGGUGGCGACCCUCGCACCAACGAAGACUGGAUCAUGCUCGGUGUCCAUACUCUGCUUUUGCGCGAACACAACCGCAUGUGUGGCCUGCUGAAGGCUAAGAAACCUGCGUACGAUGACGAGGAGAUUUACCAGACGGUCCGCCUGCUCAUGUCUGCCAAAUUCUCACUGAUCGGGAAUGCCUAUCAGAUGGCUUACUUCAAGGACAUGCCAUGGCCAAACGAUGACGGUUUCCCUCUGUACCGCGAGAUGUCUGGUAGCAGCUGGUUAGAGAUCAAUCCAGCCAACAACUACCCCUGGCCCCUCGUCACGAAAGAGGGGAAGCCUACGGUUGUGAGCGCUGAGAUGGCUGUCGUCUACCGCUUCCAUGAGUUCAUCGUCAAGACAUUCCCCAUCAAAGAUGCGCUCAACAACACAAUGUGGGACCAGAAUCUUUUCGCCACGGCCUUCAAUGCGACAGGAUUCAUCGAUGCUGGGCUGGAGAACAUCAUGCGUGGCACUGUCGCUUCCUCCAUCCCCAACUUCAAGAGUGGAGUUGAAGAAGACUUCCGAUCUGCAGGCAAGUACAAAGGAUCUCCUUUCGACAUCGUGGUCUGGUCCAUUGUCCACGAACGCGAGCAGGGAUUGCCCACUUUCAAUGAGUACUUUGCCGCAUACAACAAGGGCAACCCAGGCCAAGAGCCGCCAGAAGUCCAGGUGCCCAUCCGAAAGAGAUUCGAAGACUUUUCAUCAGACCCAAAGAUGGUUGCAGAGCUCAAGAGACUCUAUAAGAACCCUGACGAGGUUGAUCUCGUGGUCGGCUGCCAGCUCGACGAGACCAUGUUUCCGCACGCCACUAUACCCACCUCAUCCCUGAUCAUCAGCUUGUUCAGUCUGAUCAGCAUGGGUAACUCGGACCGCUUCUCGAUUGGGUUCGCCGCGAUGCGUUGCCUACUUGUGGAUAAACCCUGGGACUGCCACCCAAGCAAUGCGCUUGAGGAGCUCCUCUGGAAGCCUAUCGAGAACGAGGCUUUCCCCAAUGCUCGCUUCUACGAUGACUAUUGGAUGGCCGAGCUCGAUUUCCAGGCUCAUGGCCAAAACUUGCUCUGGCGCCUCGUCACAGAGAACAGCGAGAUCAACUGUCUUCAGAAGAACCCUCUGUUCCCAUUGGAUGAGAAGACCAACCCGCUUCUCUGCGCUCUCCCCGAGAGCGGCGUCGACAUCAGGCUUUUGGCAUCGACCGGUGUCGAAGUGACGCUAUCGCUGAUCAAGACUCACUACGUAGAGAUCAUUGCUACAAUUGCCGCCGUGAUCAUCACUGUUUGGCUGUACAACAAGGUCAACGCCGCAGCAAGAGGAUACCCCAAGGUUCUCGGUGGUCUGCCAUUCUUGGGCAAGGCGCUUGAUUUCCAGAAAGAUGCCAAGGCGGUCGUCCUUGAAGGAUUUCGGAAGUUUGGCGACCGCUCAGUCCCGAGCGUCUUUGGCAUACAUCUUGCAUCGCUGACGCACUAUGUCAUCUCCAAUCCCCAGGACGUUCAGAGCAUGAUUGACGAUGCUCCUUAUGAGAUGAAGUUCACCCUCAGCAAGCUUUUCGAGGCUGUCAAUAUGCCCAUUAUCUUACGCAAGGUGAACUUUGCUAGCAACUUGCACACGAACCUGAUACGCACCCAUCUCGGCGAUCCCGCAACAGUAAAGCAGAUUGGACGCACAAUGCAAGCCGCUGCAACUCGAUUCCUGGAGAUUAAUCCUCUUGUUCCCGCAACUUCCAACUCACACGUGUACUCGGAAGGUCUAACGGCCUACAUCAACCAGUACAUCACGAGUGUUUGCGCAAGAUGCAUGGUCGGUCCUGAAGCAUAUGAGCACCCAGAGCUUAUUAACAUGUUUCUCGAGUUUAACGAGGAGGUCGACAAAGUCAUUGGACUGGGCUCAUUGCUGCCGUCGUGGAUGAGCUUUAUUGCGAAUAUUCCUAUGAAUAAAGGAUACAACAAGUUCCGAAAGGUCUUUCUGCCUAUUAUCGCCAAGCGCCGCACUGAGCUCGAAGAGAAGAAGCAGCUCAACGGCGCUGCGGCUGGUGCUGAAACAGGGAACGAUUUCAUCGACUUUAAGAGCUUCAUCCUCGACAUCGUUGAUGACGACAAGCGCGCCGCAGAUCUUGUCACCAUUACCGUCUGGAUCGGCCUGCGCAACCUGCAGAUCACCCUGCUCUCCACGCUGCUUGAUAUCAUCGACGUGCCAGGGCUUGCAGACCAAAUCAACUUGUCUCUUUCCAGACCUGCCAGAGGUGUCAAAGCUGACCUCUCCACGCUCAACACCUUCACCAGGACGGAUUCAUCACCUUGGGCCCUCCUUCGCGCAGCAAUGUUCGAGUCGAUCCGGCUCUGCGGUCCCGCGUCUGGUCCAGCUCGCAUCAUCUCAUCCACCCACGACCUCGCCCUUGCCUCCGACCCAAGCGUUAAACUGCCUCCAGGGCAAGUUGCGACACUAAGCUCCUUCUACUCGCACCGUAUGCCUGAGAACUAUGGCCCCGAUGCGAAGCAGUACAAUCCGCAGAGGUUCCUCACCUCUGGCCCUGAUAUUGGUAGCAAGGAGUUCAUCACCUGGGGACUCAAGGGGCCUCAUACUUGUCCGGGACGUUGGUUCACACAGGAGGCUAUCUGCAUCAUGAUGAAGGAGGUGCUUGAGCGAUAUGAAUUUGAGCCGGCGCGGACGGGGCUGGAAGAUGAUGAGAAGUAUCAGUACCAUGCGGGCGUUGUUACCCGGAAGGAAGUUCCUGUGACCGUGUAUAAGAGGAGUGCGUAA